AUGACCUCUACUGGAUUCAUGGUCGAGAAACUGUAUGGAUCCAUCUGGCAGGUUUGCCCAACCAUCUGGGAUGUUGAAAGGGCCAUCCAGUUCUAUGAACCGCACCUUGGGGGGAAGCUCACCUUCAUAAUGGUGAGACGAAUCGGCAGACGGCUGAAGCGGACAUACGGAUGGAUGGGGUUGAUGAUUGUUUCGAAGAAGGGAUGGUCUGUGCCAGUGGGCAUGGAAGACCAUAUUCAGGAUCAGAGCGAAUGUAUGCCUGGAAGCGGGAAAGGCAAUGGAGACGAGAACCUGGAUGGCGACUUUGGGGACCAUUUAAUGGGGGACUCUGAACCUUGA